AUGCUUUGCUUUAUUUUAAUUUCAUUGGUAUAAUCUAUUGAUGUGAGACCAAAUGUCAAUUUGAAUAUCGGAUUAGAUUUUAUGGACAAUUCCCAUAUAUCCUUCUAUAAACAAUUUCAAUCGUAAUUUUUAGACUUUCAAUAAAAAGGAUGUAGAAUUAUACAUUAAUAUAAAUUAGUAAAUCUGAUCAUAGCAUAACAUCUCUUGCCUUGUUAUAGUUGUUAUACUCGUCAUUAAUAUAAAGAAUCAGAGCCUAAUUGCUUUGGAGGAGGCUAAUAUUGUCGUAUCAAUAUAUAUCUAAUUUAAGAGUAUUCUGAAUCAGUUUCAGGCUAAAUUAUAUUAACUGAAAUGAUUAGAUAACAAUGUAUACUAGAAGAAUAACCUCAAUAUUAUUUUAAUUACUCUAUUUAUUUCAAUGAAUUAUGUAUGCAAUUACCAAGUCAAAUUUAACCUUGUUCACAAAACUAUUUUAUUAAUAAUAAUAUUUCUGUUCAAUCCAUUGAUACUUGUAUUGAAAAUAGUUUUCAAGGGGAAUCUGAUCAAAAUAAAUCACUUAAAACCAAUAGAAUACUAGAUUAAUACAAAUCAUUAUAAUUCAAUCAAACUCAUUUUUCAUUAAAUUUAGAUAAUAAAGAUCUUACUAAUACUCCUUUUGAUUAAAUUAUGAAAAUACUUUGCAAAAAAUUUGAAUAUGCUUCUAUUCCAGCUUGUGGAUUAAUUAAAGCUGGUUCAAUACAAAAAACUAAUUUGUUAGAAUCAAUCUUCUUAGUUCUUUUUGUACUCAUUAUUAUUUUAAUUAUAAUUCAAGGAACUUUGUAAUUGCUGAAAAAUGUUUCAUUCAAAAAUGUUCUUAAUUAAAAAAGUAGAAUUACUAUUCCAAAAUAUGAAAAAGAUCAAAUCAUCUAAGAUGAUGAUGUUUGA